CGAUUAUUCAAUACAACUGUGUAUAAUGUGCUGGCUUCUUGGUUGAAGGAUUCUUCAUUCUGUUCUCUCAUACAUUCGUUUGUAGCUAGAUUAUUGUAAUCUAUUUAUUUUAAAACUGUGAAAUUGCUAAAAAAGAAUAAUCGUAUUUUCUUUGUAAAAAUUUCGUUUUCAUAUUGCGUGAAGUCAAUAGGUUAUGUGGUAAAAAUGAUUGUGACAAAAAGUGAAAAUGUACAUGAGAACGUUCUCAAGUUAAUUAAGGAUAUUAAUUUUGGAGAAAUUAAAGGAACGUACGAUAUAGUCGUUGCUACUGUCUCUGUUCUCAAAGAAAUUAUUACAAAUUCGGAAUGGAAUACAGCAAAAAAAUUGAUGGAUCUGAUUACACUCAAUGGAAAGUACCUCAUUGCAGCGAUUCCAUUGGAGGCAUCCAUUGGCAAUAUGGUACGCAGAAUAUUGAAAAUAAUUAGGGAAGAAUAUAGAUCGGAACUGAAAAAUAAAACGGAAGAGGCUGAUGGUCAGGAGUCUUUACAUAAAAUCCUUACUUCUGAAGGUGAUCAGGAAAUUGACUUUAAUGUCUCAGUGCCAUCUCUCAAGUCUUCACUUAUUGAACACAUUAAUGAAUUUGAAGCAGAGCUAGAAACCUGUUCAGAGAACAUAACGCAGCAGGCUUCAGAGCACAUUCAUUCGAAUGAAAUAAUAAUGACACUGGGUAGAUCAAGACUUGUCGAAGAGUUCUUUAAGAAAGCUGCAGCAACCAGAGAAUUUGAAGUGAUAAUUGCUGAAGGUGCUCCAUUUCUUAAUGGGCACGAAAUGGCGGUAAAUUUAGCAAAGGCUAAAAUUAAAACGACAUUAAUUUCUGAUGUAGCAAUAUUUGCAAUGAUGUCUCGAGUCAACAAAGUCAUCAUUGGAACUCAUACGGUAAUGGCCAAUGGUGGUUUAAGAGCUAUAACAGGAUCGCAUACUGUAGCUCAGGCUGCAAAACAUUAUUCUGUUCCAGUAAUGGUUCUGUUACCAUUAUACAAGCUGUCGCCUUUAUAUCUUCGUUCAUACGAACAGGAUGCAUUUAAUAGGCAUGUUGCACCUAUGCACGGUGUUAUUGAUGGAGCAAACGCUCCAUUAAUGGAAAAAAUCCAAGCCUAUAACCCUGUUUUUGAUUACGUACCACCAGAACUGGUUACUCUGUUCAUAUCAAAUACUGGCGGAAAUGCUCCCUCCUACAUUUACAGAUUAUUGAGUGAACUCUACCAACUGGAAGAUUAUGACUUGUAGUUUAAGUAAUCCAUAAGAAAAGUUAAAUCAAUUACGUGAAUUGUAUAACUGUGGAACAUUAUAUGUUAUAAUAUUUUGUGUCAAGA